AUGGAGAAGGAACUUGAAAGUAAAGAAAGGAGCUUGCAUUCUGCGAGGAAAGAACUUAUUGUAAAGGAAGAUUCUUUGGCUACGGUUAAAAGAGAGUUAACAGUAAACGAGACUAACUUAGACUCUUUGAAAAAGGAACUUGAAAGUAAACAAAGGAGCUUGGAUUCUUUGAGAAAUGAACUUAUUGUAAAGGAAGAGUCUUUGGCCACGGUGAAAAGAGAGUUAAGAGUAAAUGAGACUAACUUAGACUCUUUGAAGAAGGAACUUAGAGAAAAGGAACAUAACCUGGACUCCGUUCUAAAGGAACUUAGGGAGAAGGAAACUAACUUCCAUUCAGUGAAGAAUGAACUCGAAGGGAAGGUAACUCACUUGGGAUCUCAACUUACAAUCAAGGAAGACUACCUAUCAACAAUGAAGAAGGAACUUGAGCUCAAGGACAAGAGUCUGGGUACAGUUAAGAGGAAACUUGAACUACAGGUGCAGCAAUUAAAUUCAUUCGAGGAGAGAGUCGAAUUAACGGAAGCAGAGUGCGAUUCUGUUAAGGAAGCAUAUAGGCAGCGCUUUGAAGAACUUGAUUCUAGGGAGAAGAUGGUGGAACAGCUUAUGGUGGAAAGUGAAUCCAAGCGUGAGCAGCUUGAGAGCCUUGGGAAGUCUAUUGAGAAAAGAUUCAGGGAGAUUAGCAUGAAGGAAGAGAACUUUGGGAACUGCCAGGUCCCAAAAAAGGUUCAGAGUUCGAUUCCCGAAAAAUCAGAUGCCCUUGAUGAACAAGUGGAAGUAGUUCAAAUUAAGGAAAAGAUCUUGGAAUCAAGGGAGAAGGAACUUAAAACUGAACAAAGUUUGAAGCCCUGUUUGUUAAGUUUUGAACUAAAUACAUCUGGUGCAGCUGCUAUGGAGAUUGAUUCAUUUUCUGGAAAUUGGGAAUUGUUGCACUGA